AUGUUCAAAUCGUUGAUUCUUGGCUUGACGCUGCUUUCAUGCGCGCAUAAUUCAUUCGCAGGAUUUCUCGGCGGCUAUGGCUUAGGUGGAUACGGUUUGGGCGGCCACUAUGGUGGCGGCUAUGGUUAUGGGCAUUAUGGUGGCGGCUAUGGUUAUGGACAUUAUGGUGGCUUUGAUCAUGGCUACGCAGCGCCUAUCAUUACCAAGACGAUUGCCGCAGCGCCAGUGAUUACGAAAAUUCAAGCCGCACCCAUCAUCACGAAAACUAUAGCGGCGCCAAUUGUGACAAAGACCAUCGCCGCUGCGCCCAUAUCAAUCGGACAUGGCUACGGCUAUGGCUUGGGACAUGGCUUGUAUGGAGGCCAUGGAUACUAUGGAGGGCAUGGCUUGUUGGGAGGACUGUACGGACAUGGUUAUGGUUACGGACAUGGCUGGUAG